CAGUGAUCUUCACUCACCAGUGUCAGGACGCAAGGACGUCGUCGUCUGGCUGAGCGUCGAGCGAUCUCGAUCUCGAUCGAGACUCACCUGUGAAGACUCAAGAGUGGUUACCGUUGUGGUACAGUGGUACAGCUUGCUGCGCUUCAUUCGUGUCUGUUUCUCCGGAGCAUCAGGACGCUUUUCUGUUGUGUUCUAUAGUGCAGUCAGUCAAAAUCAGAUCCUCGCAGGUCUUCAUCAAAGUGUGCUGGCUGAGAGUCCGGAGGCUGUGUGGGCAUCAAUAUCUGUGCACUUGCGGCGUUUAGAUUUCCGCUGGACUUACGCAAAUAUCGCCCAUCUGCCGUCGCCGUCGUGUCGAUUCGCAGUGUCGCGCCGUUUGAUUUAUUUUUAGCUCGCACUCCUUCCUUGUGCAUGUUUUUGUCUAACCACCGCCCUCAUAGAGCGCCAACCGCGUGCUUCCUUCCCGUGCAUCCAUCAAAAUCAAGGGUGAAAGUGGCCUGAAGAAGCAAGGUGCACCGCGUCGUGAAGAAGAGUGAAGUAAGCUAGCUAGCGAGCGAGCGACGUCUGCCGCGAGAUUUCUCAUUUCAGUGUUGAACAGCUAUCAGCCAGCUUCGGUCGAACAUCUAGUGAGCUGUGAAAUUCGCGUUUCGGAAUCCAUAAAGGAAAAGGAAUAUUGAGUGCGUGUCGUCAAAGGUAUCGCCGAUUUGAGUGAGUGUAGAAAAAGCAAAAGUGGACGACUAGAUCCGUGCCUACUUCGACAGUGUCUCCCCGGUUGUGAGGAUUUUAUCCGUACUUUCUUUUGGUACUUCUGUUCGUGUAUCGUUUGGUUAGCCGAAGAAGGAAAAGGUUUCACACCACCGCCAUCGUCCGAAAGCAGCAUACAUGUCGAAUUUCGCUUGGGUGACGCUGGCGACCAAUGAUUCGUACUCGUUGGGCGCCCUUGUCGUGGCGCAUUCGCUCAAACGCGUGCACACAGCUCACCAGCUAGCCGUGCUAAUAACUCCCGGUGUGUCGGAGGCCAUGAAAAAUAAACUUCGCACCAUCUUCAACGUGGUGGAAGAAGUCAACCUGCUGGACUCAAAAGACGAAGCCAACCUGGCGCUGCUCAAACGUCCCGAACUGGGAAUCACAUUCACAAAGCUACACUGCUGGCGUCUGACGCAGUUCGAAAAGUGUGUCUUCCUCGAUGCCGACACGCUGGUGCUCCGUAACUGCGACGAGCUGUUCGAGCGGGAAGAACUGUCCGCCGCCCCAGAUGUCGGCUGGCCCGAUUGUUUCAACUCCGGCGUGUACGUGUUCCGACCAUCGCUCGAAACAUUCUCCAACCUGAUGCAGUACGCCGUUACCAAUGGAAGCUUCGACGGUGGCGAUCAGGGCCUUCUAAACUCGUACUUCUCCGAUUGGGCGCACAAGGACAUCGCAAAGCACCUUCCAUUCAUCUACAACACAUCGUCGGUGGCUUCCUACUCGUAUCUUCCCGCAUUUAAACAAUUCGGUCAAAACACAAAAAUUCUACACUUCAUCGGCACGGCCAAACCGUGGCUGCAAAACUUCAACUCGGAGUCCCGCAAAGUGUACAUCCCUGGCGGCUACCAGCACCUGGCCAAUUUCCUCCAGUACUGGUGGGAUAUCUUCUGCGAAGAUGUCCACUCACGUCUGAGUGCGGAUAUGUCUGACCUCAACACUAGUAGGAAUAAUAACGAAAAGCAACAGACAUUCAGUAGCUGGAUCAAACCUAGCCAGGUCAGUACUAGUAGUAAUGCGUACCGUUCGUCCGGUACCGGAAGUUUCUACACUGGCGAUCGCUAUGGCGGCGAUCAUUGUAAUGGUGGUGGCGGUGAGGGAUCCGAUGGAAAUGGUAAUUAUAAUAACACAGGAAGUGGCAUGCCGGCGGAACCGUUCCAUCCGCAAUGGGAACAGUUCGUUCCAAGCUAUGAUGCAAAGGUCGAGUAUGUAGAUCCUUGGGAAGAAUACCUCCGGAAGCAGGAGGAAGAACGUGAUCGCUCGGCUCGCGAACAGCAGAAGCGUGAAGAGGAAAGACUGUACUAUCAGUAUCUUGACAAUCAACGGUUGCAGGAACAGCUUCGCCGCGAUCAUGAACAGUGGCAUCAACAGCACCAACAACCUCAUCACGAUCACCAUAACCAUCAUCAUCAGCAAGAUCACCAUCAGCAUCAUCAACACCAUCAUCACCAGCUUGAGCACCAUCACGAUCAUCACGGUCACCAGCAAGAUGCUAAUGUUUUUCAGAGCACAGAGCAGUGGGUAGAAAACGUGCACAGGCACGAUCAUAGUGGUCAUUGGGAUCCGGAACCAGCUUCUUCCGCGUCGUCGUGGAAACCGGAUAAUGUACAGCAGCAAGGUGGUGGCGGAAGUGGCAGUGGGCAUGCGGAACAUUUCCAGCAUCAUCAUCAUCAGGAGCAUCACCAGCAAGGGGUUGAUCAUGGCCAUGCGGAAAGACAUGAUCACGAUGGAGGUAGAGGCAGUGGUAGUGGGGAUCAUCAGCAUCAUCACCAGCCUCAGCAGCAGGAUCACCACCAUUCAGAACCUCAGCAACCACAACAAGAACAGCACAUGCAAGGUGGUGGUGACGGGAGUGGCCUUGCUGGAGCGCUGUCGCAGCUACACCUCGGUGAACCCAAAUCCACCGAGCAGGAAGUCUACGAAGAGCACAUGCGCCGUCAAUGCUGGGAAUCCGGUAACAUCGACUACAUGGGACGGGACUCGUUCGAGAACAUCUGGCGUCGUAUCUCCCAGACGGUCAGCGCUGGACCGUCGCCGGCUGCUGAUUCUACUGCAUCACCGGCACCGUCCUCUACUCCACUUCGAGCCGUUAGUCCGGCUCCACGUAGACACCGCUCGUCCAAAUCACGAUCCCGUUCGACCACUCCGAAACGGGACCCACGGGAUCGUUCACCAACGCCUCAACCCGAGGACAUUGUCCCGGUCGAGAAGAAGGAAGUUCAAAUUGAAGCACCGAUCCAAGAGGAGGACGACAACUUGAAUGUUGCGCCACUGGACGGAAGCGCCGAGUGUCGGAAACUACCACCGCCGGUCCAGUACGAUCCAAUGACCAGUACGACCACACUGACCAAAAAAGUAUUUGCAGGUUACCAGCAGAUCAUUACCACCAAAACCCAAGAAGGUAAAACCCAUACCCGAACCAAAACCGUUUAUGAUCCCAGCGUGGACGAUGACUUAGCCGGCGACGAUGCGAUCGACGGUCCAAUGCAUGUUACCUCCGCUACAGUCGCCGAAAGCCGAAUUGAACCUGCUAUGCCGUUGGUCGAAUCAGAAACGAAAACAACCCCCGCCCCGCCUACUACAAAAAUCACAACAACUCUAGAAGACACGCCUACUCCAAAACCAACGCCUGCUCCGAUUACCACAGAAACAGCACCCACCCCGCCUACUUCAAAAAUCAUACCGGCCCCAGCAACUCCAGAAGAAACGAUCGCCCCGCCUACUCCAAAACCAACGCCUACUCCGCUAGCCACAGAAACAGCACCCGCCCCUCCUACUUCGAAAACCACGCCCCCUCCUGCUCCGGUUCCCGAACCGGAACACAAAUCUACUCCGCCUCGCGCCUCGCCCCGGCCUCAGCUAGAACAACAGGUCGCCCAGGAAUCGAUGGCAGGUAAAGAACCCAGUGUCGAACCCAUCAAAACAAUUCGUCGUAAGCGACUCGCGUCACCACAAGCCUCAUCCGCAACUACCACUUCUAUCGUCACACAAACAAUCGCAUCACCAAAGCCCAAACCAAAAUCAAAGUCAACCGUUGCGCUCAAGACCGCUUCGGCAGCCCAGACAACCACCGCUCCCUCGACACCAACCAAACCCAAAGCUACGCCACAAGAGCCUACCAAGACAAAGCCGGCUACGUCAUCGCAGUCGCCCUCUCCAUCAUCCAAAAGUCAAUCAUUACCAUCGCCAUCAUCCUCAGCGUCAUCCCCACCACCACCACCAAAAACAACCCUAUCGUCAACGAACGGCAAACCGAAGCCAACGAAGAAGUCUAUCGAAGAGAUCGAAACUGCUCCGCUGACGGCCAACGAUGAACUGGACAACGUCAGCGCACCCGUCACGCCCCCAGUGCCACCCCGUCGUAAGCGGGAAACCAAGGUCUCUCGAAUAGUGCAGAUUCUAGCCUCAACGGUGAGCAGCGCCGCUAGUUACUGUUCCCGAGCGGUGAAGAGUGUAGUUCGGACGACCUUCACUGUGGCCGUCGAUGCCAUGAUGGUGUUUUCGCUUUUGGUAGUGUGUUUCAGUUUGGCCACUUUUACGCCUUCUAUCGAGUCUUAUUGAUAUUUUUGUUUGAUUGUUUUUUUUUGUGUUUACUCAGGUCAAGAUACGUAAGGUUUUUCUUUGUUUUGUUUUAUAAAGGCAUUUUAUAUUAUUUUCUGUCCUAUUGUUGAUUCUGUUGGAGAUAUUUUAUCAAGAUAAAAUAAAUAAAUAUCGUUAAAUUCUUU